CCGGAGUAGGGUGUCGUUCGAUUCUUUGCCAGAGCCGCAGUUCUCGCAUCUGCGUCAAACGAAUGACGGAUGAUCGGGCCGAGCGAGCCGAGUCGCGGCACAAAUCCGUGGGAUAGAGCUUGGUGGAGAACUUGGUUCGCGAAUUUCGUAGUAUAUGCGAAGAGGAGGGUGAGGAGAGACGGCAAAAUCGCGCGAGUAACAAGUAGGGACAGAAAUUACACUCCGACGGUCGAAAUGAAGAAAAGAAGAAGCGCGUAAUCGCGUCUGGAUUAAUUGCGACGGCAUAAUUAUGAAGACUGAAAUGGAAACGGAGUCCGAGUGCACGGACGGCGUUCUGUGCCCGAAGACCAACAACAACAAUAACAACAACAACAACAAUAAUAACAACAACAACACCAGUAACAACAACGUCGCGGUCGCGACGAAAAAGAGCGGCAGCGAUAACGGAUAUGACGCUAUGGAGAUGGACUGCGGCGGCUGCGGGGAGAGCGUACGCGAGCGCACCGUCCUGUGCGUAGGGGGUCGUACCUGGCACUCGAGAUGCUUAAAGUGUUGCGCCUGUGCGAGACCCCUGCACGAUCAGCACUCCUGCUUCCUGCGCGGCAUGCGGCUCUACUGCAGGCACGAUUACGCCCUGACAUUCGGCGCGAAAUGCGCGAAAUGCGGACGCAGCGUGGGCGCCGGGGACUGGGUGCGGAGGGCUAAGGACAGGGUCUACCACUUGGCCUGCUUCGCCUGCGACGCCUGUUCCCGUCAGCUCUCCACGGGCGAGCAGUUCGCGCUUCUGGACGCCCGGCUGCUCUGCAAGGCUCACUAUCUGGACGUGGUCGAGGGUAACAAUACCUCGUCGUCGGAGGACUGCGAUUCCGAACACGGCGGCAAAGGCAGCAAGACGAAACGCGUGAGAACGACCUUCACCGAGGAACAGCUCGCGGUUCUGCAGGCCAACUUCCAAAUGGACAGCAAUCCCGACGGGCAGGACCUCGAGAGGAUAGCCCAGGUGACCGGUCUCAGCAAGAGGGUCACGCAAGUUUGGUUCCAGAAUUCCCGGGCGAGGCAGAAAAAACACAGCGGCAAGAUCAAGACUCAAAUGCAUCAUUCGCCGCCGAUGCACCAUCAUCCGAUCGAUCUGUAUCCCGGUGGGAUUAACGUGGUCGGCGCUUAUCUCGGUGGUUAUCAGGCCAGCAAUGCCGGUAGCGAGAGUCCAGGUAGCCCGUUAACGCCCCUCACACCUUUGACUCCGCUCACACCGACGACGCCGAACCACUUGCAGGCCCAAUUCUGCCAUCCGGCAGGAUAAUCCGACGUGAAUGUUUCCACGAAGCCAUUGAUAUUAAUCUUUUGCAUUCGUACGUGUACUUUUUAGUUGCAGAUAAUUCGAAGACAUACACAAAAAAAUCGUGACACGAACUCGCUAUAUCCAUUUCUUUCUUAUAUUCUGUGCACAAAAAAAUCAAGUCGAGAAAUGUAUCGCGAGCUAACUGAUACGGUAGUUUCGAAUUAUCACGCGAGUGCAAAGAAUUAACAAUUACACACGACGGAUUUCUUAAGACAAAUUAAUUGUACAUAUAUCCCGAGGAGAUGUAAAAUAAGCGCGCGUUUAUCAGUAGUACGAUAUGUAACGUAUGAAAGGUACAAGUUUUUCAUAUUUAAAAGUUAGAUUAAGCUUAUUUAUUCCGAACUGUAACGAUUUACAUCUACUUGCGAAAUGGUGAAUAGAGUCUCUUGGGCGAUGAAGGGGGAAGAAGAACGCAACCUCUAGAUUGUCGCGUCCGUCUUUCGAAACUUGGACGUGGGCAUUCUUUAUUCAUAGUAUACGAGAUUGUAUAUAGAGCGAAUUGUAGCUUUUGUACAUAUGUGUCUUCUAUAGGUAAAUACAGGAGUAUUGUGAAGUGAGAGAGACGCGUGGAGAUCAGAACUUAAUAUCGCAUACUUGUCGCUGCAAUAUUACAAACCGUACUGUUAUUAAUAAAACGCCUUUUAUUGUUAACCGCCGUUGUCGCAAUUAUUAUCCUUCAAUUAUUAUCCGAUUCUCCGAUUACAAAUAAUACAAUUAGACAGAAUAUCGCGCGAGGGAGAUAUCCGAAGGGAGAUGGUCAUGAUGGACAAGAGACGAAGGCCACUACUUUUGUUCAACGUGUGCAAUCGCAUAUAUUUAUAUACGUUUAGUUUACAAUAUUUACAUCACAGGACAUUCAUAUUGAAUGAUUUUACACGACUAUUGAGAUUACUACGAAAGAUACUUUCAUUUCAAGCAUUGCUACGGGACGAGAACGAAAUUCCGUCGACGACGCGAAUCGCGAAUUACGUCUUCGAUGACGUUCGGAGGGCACUUUAUUAUGCAACUAUUCGAAAUUCCGAUCGGAAUUACGAGUUUCCGACCCACAAGUUUCCGAUCGCGAUUCCGUCCGUGUAGAUUAUUAUAUAUGAAUUCUUAUCGAAGUAUGAACGGAAUCGAUUUAUCGUAUGUCUCGUCAAGUAUGAAAUGAAAGUAAGUAAAACGUGUAAAACGGACUGUUUUAAUCAAACAUAGCUUGAAAAAUAUAUUUUAAAUGUCAACAGCAGCGACAGGAUGACAAAGUAAGUAAAAAUAUUUAUAUUUAAUUUUUUAAUUUUGUA